CGAAUAAAUGAUUAAAAUAAACAACUCAGAUAACAUCUUUGUUGGUCUUGCUGUUAAAGUGUUCAUCGUGUAUUUCAGGAGUAAACAACUCACACAUGUCUGAGCUGCUCCUUUUUUUUUGCGCUGCAUCCGCACUGCGCCUGCGCGGUGACGUCACCGGCUCUGCCUCGGCCUCCAUUUUGCAGUCGUUUUGCAACCCCGGCUUCUUCCACUGGAGCUGCGGCUGCAUGAGAACAUAACGUGCACCCUUAGCGUCGUUCCUCAGGCACAUCAUUUGACGGAAGACAGCAUGGCUGACCCGGUGGCGGACGUGGAGGUUCCGGAGGGCGCGGAGCUUCGCAGGCUGUCCGAGCUGAGAGUCAUCGACCUGAAGGCCGAGCUGAAGAAGCGAAACCUGGACACCACGGGCGUCAAGAGCGUGUUGUCGGAGCGUCUGAAGAAGGCCAUCGAGGAGGAGGGUGGAAAUCCCGAUGAGAUUAUUGUGGUUCCUGAUUCUGCACCGAAGAAGAGCAACGUUACACCCAAGCGAGCUGCCAGAGACACAAGACCAGAGAAUGAUGAACCAGAGGACAGCCCUGUUGAGGAGGACUCUCAUGAUGGACAUGAGGAUAUACAAGAUGAUCACGAGAACAUGCAGGAAAUGGACAUCCUCGACAUGAACGUUCUGGAUGAGACGGAGAACGACAAUGGAAUACCGGCUGAGGAUGAUGAAAAUGAUGCAGAAUAUUUGCAAGGAGAUGAUGAUGAUGAGGUGAUGAAUGAGGAACAUGACAUCCCAACUUUAGAGUCCGAGGAUGAAUCGAGAGCUCCAGAGAUGGACGAGUCGGAGGUCUUGGACAAGGAUGAAUAUAUGACAUGCUCAUCAGUCAAUGUGGAUCCAGAUGCAGACGACGUGAUAGAAGACACAGAAAAUGACAAAGUAGCCGGGUCUUGUUUAUCUGAGCCGCUUAUCGAAGAUCGCCACCAGAGCGACGAGACGAGCCCUGAAGAAGUGCAAGCCGCGAUCGCCGGAGGGGAAGACAGUGUGUCCGACACUGGUUCCAAGUCCGACAAAGCCGCCCCUGGAGAUGUGGAGAGCGACCGGGAUGUUGUGGAGACUGACACCAAAGAGGUUGGGGACGCCCCAAAUGUCCCAGAAGAGACCGUAGACGCUGAAAACAAAAGCUCGCAGGCUGUUAGUGUAAGCGAACAGGGCGCUCUGGGUGAAACUGUUGAUUCAGAAAUUGGGUCUAAGAAGGGUGAGGAGGAUGAGAAGACAGAAGAAGAGAAAGCAGCUGCGGACUCAGCCUCGACAGUGAAAGAGUCCUCUUCUGUAGAGGGCGAUGAUCAGAAAAAGAGCUCUGAGGAAAAAGAUGGAAAGACCGAGUCAAAAGAUGAAAAUGCUGCUGGAAGUGGUGCUGCAGCAAGCAGCAGUAGAAAUCUGUGGGUCAGCGGUCUCUCUUCCACUACCAGAGCAACUGAUCUGAAGACCCUCUUCAGCAAAUAUGGAAAGGUUGUUGGAGCUAAGGUGGUGACCAACGCCAAAAGCCCCGGGGCUCGCUGCUAUGGCUUCGUCACCAUGUCCUCCACAGAGGAGGCCACCAAGUGUAUCAGCAACCUUCACAGAAAUGAGUUGCACGGCAGGAUGAUCUCUGUGGAGCAGGUGAGUGUUGAGGCAGGACGUUUCCUUUUGCAGCUGUUUUUCUAA